AAGCAUUCAGAUUAGGGAAAACGCAUUUGUGAAAGCGGAAGAGUACACAGCAAACAAUGGAGGAGGAAAACAAUGACAGCAGACAGCACCCAUCAUCAAGAAGUCUUAGAGUUACUUUCCUGGCAUCUGAAUGGGGAUCAAGCAAAGGAGGCCUCUCCACGUUAAACAGGGAAUUAGCAAUGAACAUUGCAAAGAACCCAAGAGUUAAAGUCAGUUACUUUGUUCUAAGUUGCAAUGACGAGGACAAGAAAGCAGCUCAAAGUCACAAAAUAGAACUUAUAAAGGCGGCAAAGUGGCCCGGCUUCGAUGAAAUGGACUGGCUCAGCUUUCCACCAAAGGAUUUGCAAAUCGACGUUGUGGUUGGACAUGGCGUUAAACUUGGCCAUCAGGCACAAAUCAUAAGGAAGUACCACAAAUGUAAAUGGAUUCAUGUUGUCCAUACAGACCCUGAGGAACUAGGGAUAUAUAAAGAAUAUACUAAUCCAAUUUCGAAUGCUCAGAAAAAGCAUGAAACAGAGGUAGAACUUUGCGAACUAGCUGACCUCGUUGUACCAGUUGGCCCCAAAUUGUACAAAGCGUUUCAUUCUUAUCUCGCCUCGUGUAAGGAAGAGCAAUAUUUCUUCAAAUUUACUCCUGGAAUUCUGGCAGAAUUCUCUGAAUUGAAACAAGGUCUAGACAAACGAGAAGUUUGUAAAGUCUUGUGUUUUGGUCGUGGAGAUUCGGAGGACUUUAAAUUAAAAGGUUUCGACAUUGCAGCUCGAGCUGUGGCUAAGUCGAGUCAUUGUAUUCUGUUAUUUGUUGGUGCUGCGAAGGGAAAACUUGAGGAGACACAAACACGUUUCCUCGAUUUUGAUAUCCUUCCCAGCCAGCUGAGGGUGCGUCCGUUUUUGGAUUGCCGGGAAGAUUUGAAAAAGGUAUUUUGCGAAGCAGACCUUGUGGUUAUGCCGUCGAGAACUGAAGGCUUCGGGUUAACGGGUCUUGAAGCCUUGUCAGCUGGUCUGCCUAUUCUUGUGAGUCGAAAAUCAGGAUUUGGAGAAGCUUUGAUGAAAGUACCAUUUGGCCGGAAUUUUGUGAUUGAUUCAGAUGAUCCAGAUCAGUGGGCCAAAGCAAUUGAGGAAUUCUGCAACAACGACAGAAGCAGUCGACUUGAAGAGUGUGAAAAACUGCGAGACUUCUACCAGAAAAAGUACAGUUGGAAAAAACAGUGUGAAUCUCUCAUUGACAAAAUGAUCAGCAUCACUCCUAACGACAAGUCUGAAGAUUGUGGGGGUGCAACAGAAAAGUCCACAUUGCCUCACCAGACGGAAGUCAGUAACAGCCUUUGUUCAGGGCCCUGGCGUUAUAUGAUCCUCAGUAAAGGAUGUCUGUACUUAUUUAGACAUUCCGACGACCAAAACUUUUGUGAGGCAGUCCCUCUCAGCAGCUUCAGUUCAAUUUGCAACGUCAUACCUGACACACUUUCUCGUGGGUCUUCUUUGAGACAAUUUCAGCGUCAAUGCCGAAAAGGAUUCCAGAAAUGUAGAUCAAAACACAUCCCAGAAUAA